AUGAACUUCAUGAACAGCACGACGCUUGUGGAGCGUGCAUACUACGAGAAAGAAUCACUGCCUACCGGAUUUACGUGGAUCGCCAUGACGGCCCUGCCUCAAUCAGCCACCUACCAAUUUGAGGAUGAAGAGCUGAACGCAAUAACGCCAACGGGUAUCUCCUGCGAUCGUCUCCGUCAGGCUUUGAAGAAGUGGAUCGCCAUGACGGCCCUGCCUCAAUCAGCCACCUACCAAUUCGAGGAUGAAGAGCUGAACGCAAUAACGCCAACGGGUAUCUCCUGCGAUCGUCUCCGUCAGGCUUUGAAGAAGUGCAUAAAAGACUCACACUGUGUCCAGGUUCAAGCAAGAUCUGCGAAAGAAUGCAUCGACGCACAUGACGGCAGCGUUCCGGACAAGUGUUUCUCUUUACUCCAAAAUUUUACUGACUGCAAGCGAUCAUUGCGGUACUGUAUGCUAGAGUUAGGAGCGGUUUUGGUGGCGUUUGAACCGGAAACUUUGCAAAAUGGGCAGUCUGGAAAUAUAACGCAGAACUUUUUCGACGACGUUAACCUUAAGAUAUGCACGGUAAGGAACAAUGGUUCGCUUGGAAUUACGGCUAAAUCGCUUGCUGAAAAUGACGUCAUUUCUGCUCGAACAAAAGAUCGCGGUCCUCCUGGUUUGAUGAAAUUAUCACCUAAUGGAAAAAUGGCGAUACUCCAGCGUCAAAUCAACUCUGUGGACAUAAUACUUCUCGAAAAGAAUGAUGGAACAACCGCUGUUGAAUUCAACGUCCCAACAAAAUCUAAGGAUAUGAUUCUCAGCAUUCUCUUCGUUACUAAGCAGUCUUUGGAACUUCUCUCUCUGAAUGAGGAAAAGAUGUCCUCCAAGCUAUUACGAACACUGAAUGUUUCGGCUUCUUGGUCACUCUUUUAUGCCAAAUCAAGCAUGAUCAUUUUGGCGACAGGAAACAAUUGCACAACACUUCAACCGUUCAUUAUACAGCAUGGCCAAUUCACGAGAUUAAAGAGCUUUGACGUGGACUCCAGUACAUCCUUGAAUGAAAAUUUACUGGAGAAGGAUGUCACAAUUACGUCCAUAUACGGGAAAAUAUGUGUGAUGGUGCUGCGAUAUAACUCUGGUGCUUCUAAUGCGACAGAUCUCAUGAUAUAUGAACUUACUUCCGAUGUACAGUGCGUAGCAAAGAUGAAGUAUUCGUUGACUCUAGGGUGCUCUGGAGGAUUUGGUCUUCAUGUGAUUGACAACCUCAUAAUUGUUCAUCACCAGGUAACUGCUAAAUCCAUGAUAUUUGACGUUGCACUUUCGCCGAAUCAACCAUCACCGAGUUGUCAGCCACCACCUGCGCUCUACGUUCCUCUCUGGUCCAUGUUUCAGCCUGAUAUUGUUGUCGAUCCGGUUGCUGGGAUGAUGUACCAGCUUACUGUUUGCUGUAAUCGUGCACCUGAAGAAAUUGCUGACAAGUGCACACUGAUCGAAUUUCUGAUUCACCGUUCCAAUCAAAAGUCUCUUGUUUUGACUACUCUCUUCGAAUGCUUAAAGUCCAAAUUGUUACGGCUGCGACAGGUUCGAAAACUGUUUGAUCUAAUUGUAGAAAAGUACUCCCUCUCUUCAACGAGUGUGGUCAGUCAAACAGAAUCUACCAAACCUCAGCUAAUUCCUGUCGAAGUGAAGCAUUUGCGCAUCGAACAGGCAGAAAUGCAAAGCAGAGAGCUCAAUCAAAGACUCCAAGCAUACUUUCUGGAAUUGGUCGUCGAGUCACUUGCACUUUCAGGAGAAAUGGGAAAGCUUCAUCAGCUUGUAACCUACAAGGUUAUUUUUGAUUCGAAACCACUGGCCUUUCUUCUUCUUUCUUACGAAGCCAGAUGUCCAUCGCUUUUCCAGUCCGGUAUCGACAUUCUGGCGCGACAGAAGGCCUGUGAUGAAAUUGUGGAAGUCUUGCUGGAGAGAGGCCAUGUAGUUGAUGCGAUGAGAUACCUCGAAACGCAACACAUGGAGGCCAAUAAUCUUAAGAUUGUCGAUAUCGCUAAACAUCAAGACAGAGUGACUCAGUACGCUGUUCUGACAAGUAUGUGCUGCAGGAAAACAAAAGAUGAUUUGCUAAAACUAGAAAAUGAGCUCUCUUCUUUGUACUCCGAGGAAGAAAUCAAAGAAGCGAUGGACGAAGUGUCAAAAGCAGCGUAA